AUGUUGCAGGAAGCAGCGCAGGAAAUUGCGGCUUUGAAGGUGGAGCUGCGGAAGAAAGACACUGCAAUUGCCAGACUUGCUCAUAAAUUACAAAGAUCUAGAGCCGGUGUUGUCGAUGACGACAGUGAAGGUGAGGGUGAGGACGAGAGCGAUGGCGAGGAGGGUGAUGCAAACUAUGGGGAUGAAGAGACAGCAGACCGGAUGGCUGUGGAGUCUGAGAGGAAAGAGAAGCAGGCCGACAUGGAGGAGAAGCAAGGUCAGGAGGAGGAGAGUCAGGGUGAAGAGGAGGAGGAGGAGGAGAAGGAGGAAAAAACUGGGGAGGAGGAGAGGCAGACUGAGGAGGAUCCCGAGGAGGCAGCGGAAGAGCAAGCGAAUACCGAGCGCCGAAGCAAAAAAAAAAUGGACAUCCUUUUGGCCGAAGUUGAUCCGAUAAACGAGUCAGAUGACGAAGGGGUUGGUAGCCUGCUAGAGUUUAACCAAUUGAUGGCCAUUGUUCCUUAUGUUGCACCGAUAGAUGUCAAGCAGGGCGAUGACUCCGACCGUGAGACUUGUAGCAGGGCCGCAGAUUCAUCGAUUGUACGUGGUGUAAUGGCACGUAAGGAUCGGAAGAGAAAGAAGAAGCCUGAAUUCGUGACACCCGUGUCGACACCGCGAAUUGAGAAAGCGAGAAGAACACGGAGGGCGAAAGGAAAGUCAGCGGUCGACGUCAAUAAUGAGCAGGAACCAUUUGUCGUCGGCGACGACGGGGACUCGGAUGCUAAGGUUGUAGCAGACCCUGGAGCACAAAAGUGGGAGGGAUAUCGCAAUAACGACAGCUACUGUGGAAAGGGUUCCUUAUCUGAGGAUGAGACGAACACCAUUGAACAUUUUCUCGCGUCAUUCGCUGUCCGGGACACUGUAUGGCAGCAGGGCGUCGUGUCUGUCUCGGCCGAUGCCGUUUUAGAACUACUGUUUGACGAAGCUGUGAAAGGCGAAGUCAUCGACGCGUACCUAUAUCAUCUAUGCAGCAAUGAAUAUCAGCUCCAACACAAUCCGCAGGUGCGGUGUGGUUGUGUGCCAUGGUUCGUAGCGAAAGCCGUGAACGACGCGCUAUCACGACCAAGCAGGGGAGCGAAAAAGCCGAGCAUCAAUAAGGGUAAUGUACUCGCGUUUGCCAACUCGCUGCAAGUGACCGUAGGCCAAGAGAUUGCCGGAAUCAUGGACAAAAUCCGGUCUGGGUGCCGGUACAUAUUUCUACCCGUACACACCCGGUUCCACUGGCAUCUCUGCAUACUGGAUACCGUCAAACGUGUUGUGUUGGAGUGUAACUCAAUGCGCGACCCCUUCGGGCAGGGGAAUGCAAAGAAAUUGACGCGAUUUUUAUCGUUGUAUAUGAACGCGUCACGACUAUGGCCUAUGGUCAGCGACAUGCCCGAGUACAUUAGAUGCCGACACCAGGGUGAAACGUUGGACUGUGGACCUUUAGUCUGCAUGUUCGCAGAGUGUUAUGCGCGGGCAGGUCCAGAUGUCAAUGUCGUUGGUGUCCUCGGCGAGGACUUCGGCGAUGUCAAGAGCUACCGAGGCACGAUUGCGGCGAGGAUAUUGAAAGGUCCCCCCUUCUGAAACGUAGACCCCGAUGGAAAAAUAGGGCAGGUUAACACAUGUAAUGAAUUUGGAUUGAUUUGGGAAGUUUUUGCGUUGUGUGGCGAGGUGAUGGAUUUGUUGAAUGUCUUCAGUUUGGAUUGAUCUGGGAAGUUAUUGUGUUGUGUGGAGGUGAUGGAUUUGUUUAAUGUCUUCAAUUUGGAUUGAUCUGGGAAGUUAUUGCAUUGUGUAUC